CAUCACACUGUGUAAAUCCGUUACGUUGUUUGACAGUUUAAGGUUAACUGAAAAGAAAAAGAAUUAGAAAUCGAAGCAUAUCGAAGGCAUCAUAUCGGUCAAUUUUAUCUUUUAUUCGCAUUAAUUUAACAAUUGCAACAUCGCCGGAAUGACGCCCACGCAUAUCGAUACACCGAUUCGACGAAACGCUGUCGGCAGUACCCCAAUGAGUAACCAAUUUGCAUCCCCAGUUUUUGAAAACGACGAUGAGGCCGAACGAAGAGCAUCCCGAGCGCGGGUCUCACUCGCAAAUGAUAGUUCGAUUGUACAGCAUAAAGAAGGCCUGGAUCAAUGUUUGAAGAUAUUCAAUGACAAUAAAAUCAGCAAAGACAAUGUCUGGCAAAUGGCAUUAAUUGAUCAUUUUCGUGUGCUGGUCGAUAAGCAUCACAAGACGUUGAACAGUUUCCAGGUCGUUGGCUCGUCGCUGGAAGCAUCCAGUAAAAUCUAUGGGAUUCGAGUCGAUUCGGUUCAUGCAGACGUUCUUCGUAUGUCAUCUGGACUCAUCAGGCAAAAAAGUAAUUGUCGACAAUCAGGAUGAUUCUGUGGAGCAGGAAGUCAAUCAGGAGUCCGAUCAACCCAAUCCGGAAGAGGAGCAAAGACCGGUGCGCAAAAAGAAACGGCCUAAUCGAGUCGUUAGCACCGUAACGAAGAGCAAAGAUUCGAUCAAUGCUAAGCUGGAAACAACCACCGAAACAGAUGCAAUUUUUGCCAAAUUGAACUCAACGGUGGAAAACAACAAUUCUGCAAAGAAAUUGCUGCAGUACGUGCUGUCGUCACAAUCGUCUGAAUUACGAUUGCGAAUGAACUACAAAUUGUGGAAUAACAUUGAGGCGUCAGUGAAUGAUCUGAAUGGCACAGAUGUUUUCGAUAGUCCUGUCGUUGAGUUGCCGGAAUUCAACUGGAAUCCAACCAGUACCGAUGUACUGCGUCCACAACUUGCUGGUUAUGUCAUUUCAAACACUCCAGCCGAAGAUGAUGGGAACGAGCAACCAGACACUUCAAUUGAUAAAUCCGUCGAUCAGUUCAACGAGCUGCAUUUCGAUAUCGAUGGUCAGGUGGAGCCCAUUCAAAAUGAUGGCGGUUUCAUGGAUCUGGGAGAUAUGGGCGACGAUGACUUUGAAAGUUUAACAGAAGACGAUCAACAUGCUAUCAAAGCUUGCCGAGGAUUGCGGCGAUCGACAAACAUUAUAACGGAUAUGACACCCGACGAUGCGUCAUCAAACUUGGAAUAUUCGUACCGGAGCCUCACGGAAAAAUUCACUCGAUUUUGGGCUGGCCCUUCGUACUGGAAAUUCAAAGUAAACCGAGCCGGCAAUGCUCUGCGCAAUCCAAUCGGUGGUGAAAAGAAGAAGAAAACGUUCAAGAACAAAGUGGAGCCGAUUCAAUUCGAAGCCGAAGCGAAUGAUGCAAUGUUCGUAUCGGUUGACAGUAGACCAGCAGCAAAGUUGCGCAAAGCCAACAUUUACAAUCGAUGGGAUGCGCGAAGAACGAAAUUGCCGCGAGACUUCAAGCUGGAGAGAAACCGAUUUUUGCGAUAUUCUUAUGCGCCGGGACUACCGUUUGAUAUUCCAUCGAGUGGUUCGCCGCAAACCGUUGAAUCGGACGUUAUCGACGACAAUGGGCACGACAUCGAAUCGGAUAACUUUGGCAUGGACUUUGGCAUGGAUCAUCAAGAAGAUGACGACAAUAUAGCGAAUGUCGUGCAGCAUGAACGCACGAAUGUAACAGUUACCGAAAUUGGAGCCGAUUUUGAGGGAGCACCAGAGCAAGUUACACAAAUCCAUGUGAAAUUCGCCAAAACCGCUAAAGUUGUUGACAUGAAGCAGCUGAAGAACGUUUGCCUAAAUAUAAUCCGCAAAGAAUGCACACAAACGGCAGCGAAACCGGAUCUGCCCAGCAAAAGUGCAUCGUUGAAAGAAGACUAUGCCGAUGGGGUGGCUUCAUUCUACCAGUUGUACAAGGAACUACCACAGAAACUAACAAGAAAUAUGAAGGAGGCUCUGUCGCCAGCGGUAGCAUUCUAUUCGAUUUUACAUCUGGCGAAUGAUAACGAUUUUCGUCUGAUCAAAGACGAAGAGAAUGGCUUUUUGAUACGUCAAAUACAAAGUAAAUGAGAAGAAUACAAACUUAAUGUAAAUUUUGAAGAGAGUUUAUUGCAAAUUGAAAAUGGAAUUAGAAUACAAAUCGAAA